AUGUCUAGCGAACAGAGGGGUCACGACCCAACCGCGCACCGAGUAGCACAUAACUCGGCUGACUAUGAGCUUAUGAAACGAGUGGCCUUCAGGGACGUGCCGCCGAGCAGAGAGUACAUCCGCGAGGCAUUCCGUGCCUCGUUCGAGCAGUCCGAGUGGCCAUUGUGGAAGCUCCGCAUUGUCCCCGAGCCGCAUCAAGCAUCUAGCGACACACGUUCUAAGACCAAAGGAGGUCCCGAGGCGAGUGCUCGGUUUUUCCUAGUUGGAAAGCCUCACUUCAAUGCAGAAGGUGUCGUCGGACGAUGUACCCGGGGAUAUAUUGCAGUCGACUGUCAGGAUGAAAGUUUUGUCUUCCUCAAAGAUGUAUGGCGAGUAGACCAUCCUGACAUGCCGAAGGAGGGUUACAUCCUUGAGGACCUCAACCUCCAUGGAGUCGAGCACAUCCCGAAGGUUGUAUGUCACGGAGAUGUCGAAUCGCAACAAACGCUCACUCAACUAUGCUGGUUGAGGACUAUCGAGGACGAGACGAAUCCCUUCAAGACUCAUACGCAUUAUAGACUCGUCUUUGACCAGGUCUACCUUCCUUUGAGCCAAUUCGGUGAUGGUCGAGAUCUAGUGAAGGUUAUUGCAGACUGUAUCGAAGCUCACCGACAAGCUAUGGAACUGGCAGGUCUGAUACAUAGGGACGUAAGCAUAGGCAAUAUGCUGAUGUUGCCCAAGCUCGUGAAGGACAUGGAUGACAAAGAUGUUGUAUGCUACGACGGAGUUUUGAGCGAUUGGGAGCUCUGUAAACCCAUAUGCGAUGAGACCAGUAAAGAUGGGGAGAAAGUGAGACAGCCUGACCGAACCGGCACUUGGCAGUUCAUGUCGGCGAUGUUGUUGGACAAUCCGUACAAGCCCAUCGAGAUCCCGGAUGAGCUUGAGGCCUUUUUCAAUGUCUUUCUAUAUGUCGCUGUACGCUACACGCCCACCAAUUGGCUCUCCGUCGCAUCAUUCAUGGGAGAAUACUUCGAUGGCAUCGACACUCUUUCAGAGACACAAGAAUACAAGUGCGGCCGCAUGAAACGCGCAGCAAUGGCGAACGGAUCCAUCAAACGCUCGGACAAGCUUCUUCUGUUCGUAAACCCAGAAUCAUCUGGAGUUCAUCCAUUCAAUGUGAUCAUGGGGCAAAUCCUCUUCUGGUUGAAAGCUCGCUACACUCUGGCUUCCUCCAGUAUGCGACAGCUCGGAUCAGACACAGUACCGCUGAAUACCGGGAAUCACAACUCGGAUGAUCAGAGUAUUAGCGCUGCAAUACUGGGCGACGACCCCGGCCAUGGAAAUAUGUCGAAAGUUGUAAACUUGGAUUGCAGAGAUGGAGGGGUGGAUGUCUUUGCCCAGGUGGCAGCGGCUUUGGCUGCAAGAGCGGCAGCAGAGAUUGAGCAGGCCACACCAAUCGCGCGAAAUCUUGAAACUCAUCAUGCGAUGCAUGAACUGUUGAUGAAGUUGUACAACGCGAAGGGGAUCAAAUGGCCAAAAAGGGUGGCUGAUCGUGUCCCGACUGACUGCAACUACGAGAGACGCAGACGAGGGGACGUCCACGCUGGUAAAGUCAUUCCGACAUCGCAGCUGAAGCGCCGUGCGUUGCCUGAUCAGCAGGACUCUAUGUCCAGCAAGCGUCCCAGAACAGAGACUUUCCCCCACCCUCGCCAUCGCCCAUGCGCUGGCUCACAAAAGGCAGCUCAUCCAUGCCAAUGA